AUGACCACCUGGAUGCUCCUGCUCCUUGCCUCAGUGCUCCUGGACAACCCAGAUGUCACCUUCUCUGGUCUGACCCCUGAGGACCCGGCAACAGCCCAUCUGUGUGAUGGAGAGCAGUUGUGCCAGGGCCUGGCCCAGGAGGGCCCCCAGUGUGACCUGCCGACCAGAUCAGAGGAGCUGGGCCUCACGUGUGGGCCCUGCCUGAAGAUAGUCCAGAAGCUGCAGGAUAUGGUGGGAGAGCAGCCCACCCGGGAAACCAUUACCAGUGCUGCGUCCCGGGUGUGCAGCAAGAUGAAGUUACUGAGAGGCCUCUGCAAAAAGAUCAUGAGGACAUUUCUGCGUCGCAUUGUCCUGGACAUCAUGGCCGGUAAAACUGCCCGAGAGGUCUGUGUGGACCUCAAGAUGUGCAAACCUUCCGCAGCUGCCCAGGCUGUGCCCGGAGAGAACAGGCCAUGGCUGCAGGAGGUGGGGCUGGAAGGGGGCCUCUGUGAUGAGCUCUGGCAGCUCAUCUGGCACUCACCAGUGAUCUGGGACCUUAUGCUAGCAGAUCUGGGGUUUGCCUGUCUCAUCUGA